CCAACGUAAGAAUACGAAAAGUGUCGCUUCCGAGAUUCAGGAUCCACGUGUAUGACAACUAUGGUUAUAUUCUCUAGUAUGUAGUAUACAAUGUAGAGUUUAAUGUUAUUAUAAGUGGUUGUAAAGAAUUAAGUGAAUCAUGUCAACUUGUAAAAUACAUAACAUUAGGUUUUAUAACCUUGAACCCCGAUCUGUUACUUGUUUAUCUUAUGAACUUAAGACAAAAAAGUUAACUCUUGCAAGGAAUGAUAAUUCGAUUGAAAUUUGGAACAUUGGAAAUGCACCUUUUGUGGAAUGUAUGAUACCUGGUCAUCCAGAAUGCUCUAUAGAAUCUAUUCUGUGGGUAGAUCAGAGAUUGUUUUCAACUGGUCUUCAUGGUAUGAUAACAGAAUACGAUUUAAAAACAUUGUCUAUUAAAAGUGAGGUUAUAGUAAACGGAGGUGCAGCCUGGUGUAUAGAUGUUAAUCACAAAAAGACACGUUUAGCUGUGGGUACAGAGGAUGGAUAUAUCAAUACAUUCUCCAUUUUGCCCGAUGUAUUGAUGUUCGAAAGAAUAUUUGACAAACAGAAAGGAAGAAUCCUUUGUAUUAAAUGGGACAACACCGGGGACAUGAUCUAUACAGGAUCAGUUGACACGAUUAGAGUUUGGAAUGCCAUAUCUGGCCAUGCAGUUCAUAAAAUGACAACUUCCAGAAAAGAAGCGAAGAAAGAAACUAUUAUCUGGUGUCUAGCAGUGACAGAUGACAAUAUUAUAAUUUCUGGAGAUUCACGUGGCUGUUUAUCAUUUUGGGAUCCUCAUAUGGGUACUUUGAUUGAAUCCCAUGAAAGUCAUACAGCUGACAUAUUAGCUGUAACUUUGUCUCAUGACAUGAAUAUCGUGUACUGCGCUGGUGUUGAUCCUGUAGUGAGAAGUUUUUGUAAAAUAACUAUGAAAUCAAGUGGUAGACCACAGUGGGUAAAAGGAAUUGAAAGAAGGUUACAUACUCACGACGUAAGAGCUUUAGUAGAAGCAGAUGGAAAAUUAUAUUCAGCUGGUGUAGAUGGAUAUCUAGCUCAGUCUAGUUAUCCACCAAAAGUUUUGAUUAAAUAUCCACCGUUACUCCAGCUUCCAUGUGCUAACGUUUGUAGAAAAUCCAGAUGUAUUCUUUUACAAUAUACAAACUUUCUUGAGCUGUGGAGGCUUGGAUCAUCUACUAAAGUACCUUCAGAAUCAAUACGUCCUGGUAUGUUCCAUCAACUAGAAGAGGAGCCUAUAAAAUUGCUACAAUUAAAAACAAAAAGAGAAGAAAAUAUUCUUUCAUGUGCGAUAAACAAGGAUGCUAAAACAAUUGUUUAUUCUACUGAUAGUCAUGUUAGAGUUUUUAACUUUGAUGUGAUUGAGGGUGAUCCACAGUUAUCAAGAAAUGACAUUGAUAUUUCUGUAACCAAAGUACAGAAAAUGUUAUUUAGUCCGAAUGGAAAAUUAUUUGUAACAAUAAAUAAUGAUGGAAAAAAUAACGUUAUAACAUUGUACAAAGUUGAAAAGAAACGUCUAAGGCAUCUUGGUUACUUUUAUACGAAUAAGGAAUUCAUUGUAAAUGUUGGAAUCGCGUGUUUUUCUCCUGAUAAUAAAUAUUUUAUUUGUGCCGAUCGUGUGGGUAGGAUUGCUGUGUAUACCAUUAAUGAAACUGCAAGUAAUGACAGACCUAUGGCAUGGUUGCUGCCCAAGUACAGUUGUCCACCAACAGCUAUGGCGUGUCAAAAAGACACGCUAAAUGUAGUUAUUGUAUAUUCUGACCACAAGAUCGUCGAAUAUAAUAUAUUACAAAGGCAGUACACCAACUUCUCGAAUAAUUUACAAAAUCGACUUCCCAAGCAAUGGCUGGCCCGACCGUUUCCCAUAACGAAUAUCAUUUUUGAUCCACGUAACGAGAAUAUUAUAAUAAUGCACGACGACUCGACUGUUUAUGUCAUCGAUAAAUUGAACGAGCUUUCAGAGAAAGAAAUAAAAAUUCCAAAACGCGAGAACGGUGACGUUGACGACAGUAAUUCCGUCAUGAGCUCGCAAUCUCAGCAAGUUUUUCAAGUUCUCAAAAAAUACAAGCAUCUGGUGUAUCUAGACUGGUUGACAGAUGAGGAAUUAGUGGCAGUUGAAGUGAACCCCAUGUCUUUGACGGAGAAAUUACCGCCGACUCUCAAACAAAAAUGGUUUGGA